AUGGAUCACAAUAAGGCACUCAAUGACAAAAAGACUACUGUGGAAGUUGAUAUUUUAAAUUCAUGCAGAGUUUGUAUGAAGACUGAUGGCAAUAAAAAAUCAAACAUGCAUAUUUUUGAUAACGACUGUGAUAUUCCCAAUAAAAUUCUUUACUGCACUGGGAUAGAGUUCACCAAAGAAGAAGGCCUACCAUUUCUCAUAUGCAAUGGUUGCUACCAAGAUUUAUCAGUAGCGCAUAAAUUUAAAAUGUUAUGUAUACUCUCACACAACACAUUCCAAAACAUGUUGAAGAAUAAAGUGAAAACUGAGAUAGAAGUGGAUGCUAUGGAUGAUGAUUUAGGCAUGUAUGAUGCCAGUAUCAAAGAUGAAUAUUACACUAAUGAUGAUAUGCUGAAGAAUAGUGUUACAGUAGAAAAUAAACCGCGAAAGAAACGUGGACCAUACAAGAAGGCCGGCAAACCACGGCUAAAGAAAAUGAAAUUUCGACGCCUAUGGUGUGAGCCUUGCGGUCUCAAAUUCACCACAAAACAGCUGUUAGAGGAACAUAGAAAAAAGUCACACAGUCAAGACAUUGAGAGCUGGAUAUGUGAAAUUUGCGGUAAGGUAUUUGUGCACAGAGGUUCCUUGUCGUCUCACAUACGUUCGCAUAUGCCCCCCGAGUUCGCAUGUGACCAGUGCGAUUAUAAAACAUCAAACAAAUACGACUUGAUAAAACACGUCAGGAUACACACAGGUGAAAAACGAUAUCAGUGUCAACAUUGUACGUCAGCGUAUUACACAAGCUCAAAUCUAACCAGUCACAUACGUUACGUUCACGAGGGACUAAAGAAAUACGCCUGCGAAUUGUGCGAAAGGAGGUUUUUUGAUAAAACCAAGUACAUGAGACAUAUUGACUCGCAUAAUAACGUCAAAAGGUUCGAAUGCGAGGUUUGUCAUUCCUGUUAUACCCGACGCUGUUACUGGAAAAAACAUUUGCAGCGCCAACACAACAUAGUGAUACCCGCUCAACGGCCGGGCAAGCAAAAAUGUAACUUACUAAUUGGACAAAUUGUCGGAACCAAUGUAGUAGGGACCAAAUUUAAUAAAAUAUCUUAG